ACAAGAAAGAAAGAAGGGGAGAGGAAAAAAGGCACCCAUAAACGUGCACGACCGUAGAGACCACACGAUGUCCACAAGGGACGGGAGCAAAGCGAGUACCAGAAAGUGUCGGGCACAUAGGAGAUAUUUUUAGACGAGCUUCUUCAAGUAAUCAAGUUUUCUCCAGCGGCUUCCUCCGUUCAUCCGCCGGCCGGCCAUCAGCGCCAGCACGCACGCAGACAUGAAGAUCGGGUGCGACGCGUGCGGGCGGGCGGAGGCGGCGGUGCUGUGCUGCGCCGACGAGGCCGCGCUCUGCCGCCGCUGCGACGCCGCCGUCCACUCCGCCAACAGGCUCGCCGGCAGGCACAGCCGCGUCGCGCUGCUCCCGUCCACCGCCGGCCCCUCCCCGCCCGACGCCAUCGUCGACGGCAGCGGCAGCCACCCAGCCUGUGACAUCUGCCAGGAGAAGACGGGCUACUUCUUCUGCCUGGAGGACCGCGCCCUGCUGUGCCGGCCCUGCGACGUCGCCGUCCAUGCCGCCGGCGCCCACGUCGCGUCCCACCGGCGCUUCCUCAUCACCGGCGUCCGCGUCGGCGCCGGCGUCGACGCCCCCGGCGUCGUAGUGAGCCCAAGCACCAGCAGCGGCAACGGGAGCAGCAGCGCUCCCAGCAACCCGACGACCAUGCCCGACAAAGUGCGGCCAUCGUUGUCGGCCAGCGCAGCGGCGGCGCGAGAGGGCCUUGGCGGUCAGCAGUGGCCAUGGAGUGAGUUCUUGGCGGACGACGCUGGCGUUGGGAUGGACCAGCAGGAUCUGUGCUGCCCUGCCGGGAUCUCUGAACCUGGCUCGUCCAGCCUGACUGGGUGACAUGUAUGUUCAGAUAUCAUUAAGCUGAUAAUAAUUCAUGGCAUCAACUGAUCCAAGAAAUGUAGCAUCAGGUGAUUUUGCUAGCUUUAGCGUCCUGUGGACCAUCUACUUCAAACAACAGAUUAACAAAGCGUCGAGCAAUCAAAUUGCGUCAA